AUGCGUCCCAAGAAGCCAAUGAGCCUGUUGGUAUUUUCAGCACUGGUGCGAGUCAAGAAGGCCGCAUGGUGCUUACACGUCGAAGCCUGUGCACUUGAAGUAAGCCUUCCCCAGACCCGCUGGUUGUGGCAACUUGCCCUCGCUGCAGAUCCAGACUGUGCCGGCGCGCUGCACCCUAAAUUGGCCUUCAAAGAAGAAAUGGAAAUCCAACAAAGGGGGCUUGGGCGAAAGUGGUCACUGGGAGAAGCUGUGGAAAGACAUGGUUGUGUACGUGCACGGAGGCAUAAUUUCGUCGUGAACGGGCACCGAAACUCCUCUGCGUCUCCUUACCACACAAAGGUUAGUCAGCUUGGGAAACAUUUGGAAACUGUGCAGGGUGUAUUUGGUGCCGAAUGCGAUUUAGACUAUCCACUCAAGAACCACGCUGUAGGGGGUCAAGUGUACAUGGUACCUCCCUUCAUGGAGGCAGAGAGAAGGCAAUCGCCGCGGAUCCGUCGGAAGGCCAUCAUCGUCUGUGGGUGGCCAGGAGAAGGAGCCGAGUUGAGUUGGGCGCUGGUAGAGGACGGCGAGGCCGACGCCUCAUCAACUCACCUCUGGUUUUCUCUUCUUCCCACUCACAGCACCUCGUGUGUCACGGCCGCCGUCGCCGUCGUCGUCGUCGUUUUCCUCCCACGUCGUCAUGGAUUGCCAGAAGACGUGGUCUUGUCGAUACCUUCAUGCAUUGCUGACAUAUGCGCGUGGCGAUUCGGCUCCACCCCGGUCGGUGGCGCUAACCUUGCAUUAUCUGAUUCCCAUGACGUUGAAAAAGAAGACGACGAAGAUGAAGAAGUGAAAGUGAGAGAUUUUCCUAGCGCAACGGAAGAUGAUUCUACAGAAAGUAGAGAAGAAGAAGAAGAAGUUGAUCAUCAACUUGGCCCGGUUCACGAAUUUCGCAAUGAACUUUGCAGGAGGUCGUUCACGAACUCAGUUACUUCUUCUGUGUUCGGGAAGUCCAUAAGCCGAUUUGUCAGAAAGACGUCUUUCCUUACUCAUCACCCGCCAUCAAGGGCAUCUUUCAGCGACAAGCGACAUGCUGGGCACAUUCGAUAUCCCAAGGACCACCGCCUGGUAAAGCUGGCGCGACGCGACUUGGCUGCAGCGCGUCGCAACGCGUCGGAUGCCAUCAUCGAUCACCACUCCCCGUCUACACGAGGGCACAAGACGAUUCUUUCGUCCAUCAAGCAAUCUAGCCGUGUUGGACGUCGAGAGGGACAGAGACGAUCCACGCCAAGGAAAAUGAGGGCCAACGAAAGGAAUGGAGACACUGAGGAUAAUGGAGUUGAGGAGUGGGAGGAAAUGUGUGGGGUCCCCAACAGAUGCAAAAGACCCCGCGGAACUGUACAAUGGAUCGCUUGUGAUAAUUGCAACGUUUGGUAUCACCAAGUCUGUGUCGGUAUUAUGUCCACUGACAAAGUAGACUUCACUAUGAGGUGUCGAACGUACGUCGUGUGUCUUGGGAAGCGCACUCUCCUCGCCGAUGAAGUAAAGCCCCACAGCACCAAAGGCGAAGCCCUGGAAGAGGUCCCCGAUGUUUACAUUUGCGUGACCUGUGAGGAUGAAGCGGUAGCUAAGGAGCACCCACGGUCUAGUAGCGAUCAGUGUAAUCCUCACACUGAAAACGAUCAGGACACAUCACACAAUUCCAUUUCUGUUGAAGGUGCUCAGGCAUCGCCGAAGAGCCCAACUGCAGAAUCGGAUGAUCAAACUAUGGACUAUAGGCCUCAACAAAAGCGACCAAGAAAUGUAUCACCACAGACAUCAGAAAUUACAGAACAAGAAACAUCAAUGCAAUUCUGCCCGGGUGAGAGCACGGGUGCCAACGCCUUACUGCAGGCGAUUGCUGUGCUUGAGGCCCAACCGACGACACAGCAGAAGGAGGCAGCGACAGAAGCAAACAACAAUCCUGAUCCUCUACUUGUCGAGAAACCCAGCGUGGACAAUUAG